AUGCCUGCGAUGCGCUCUGAGAGGAGUACCGCUGCUGCGUGGGCCAACGCCGCCCGCAUCGGCUGUUGUUUUCCCGCCCGCCAACACCACCCGCCCACCGCAGAGGCCGCCGCGGCCAUCGUGCGGGAUAUUCGCGCGGCGGGCGGCCGUCUGCGAGUUGCUGGCGCCGGCCGCAGUCCCAACGCCUGCGUCUACACCAACGGCCACAUCCUCCACACCGACCGCCUCAACCGCAUUAUUCGCGUAGACAAAGAGCGCCAGCAGAUCGUCUGCGAAGGGGGCGUACUUCUCGCUGAUGUGUUCAACACACUCGACGCCAACGGCCUCAUGCUGCGCUGCGUUCCCUCUGUCGUCAACACCACCGUCGCGGGGGUUAUCGCAACAGCGACGCACGGCAGCGGCCACCGCACGCGGUCGCUCUCUGACUGCGUCGUCAGUCUUACACUCAUAGACGGCACAGGUACAUUCCGCACAUUCGGUGCACCGGAGAAUGAAAUACCAGAAGGAACUGACACCAACAACACCACUACCACAAACAGUAAAUCAACAACAACAGCACACGAAUUAUCACUCGUCGCAUGUCAUUUAGGCAUGAUGGGUGUUGUUGUGCGUGUGACACUGCAAGCAGAACCACGGCGUACGUGGCGGCUGCAAAGCGCACCGGUGCACGUGCAAGAUCUCACAAAGGGUGAUACACUUGAAAAACGUAUCUCUGGUUCAGAGUUUUACCGCUUUUUUUGGAUGCCCAAUACUGAGUUGUGCUAUGAAUCUAUCGGAGAUUUUAUGGAUUGUAAUGAUGAUGCAGAAAAAGGUACAGGUGUUGCAAAAACAACACCAAAAGUAGCAACAACAAAAACAAAAACAAUAGUAGCAGGUCCGAUAAGAGAAGGGUCAGUGGAAUCAUUACAUGAAUUACCAAAGAGAACAUUAGAACGAAUGCAGGCACCAAGUCAACAUGUGGUUGGGAAAAAACAAGAUGCAGAUUCUCAGAAGGAAAAGAAGCAGAAAAAGCAGCUUCGUGUGCAGAUUUCUGAUCUUUUAAAAGGAAAUUGGCUACGUCAUGGUGUUUUGGAAGCAGCACUUGCUGCUGCAACUUUUUAUCCAGGAAUGCAACCAUACAUUAAUCGGGCCUAUCGGAAACUUUAUUAUGCUACACCUACUGUUCAGUAUGGAAACUCUGUAGAAUGUUUUACUUUUGACUGUCUUUUUAAACAAUGGGCUUGUGAAUGGGCAAUUGAUGCACGUGAUACCCUUAAAGCAUUUAAAAUGGUUCGAGACCUUAUCAGUAGAGAAAAAUUAAAGGUACACUUCCCUGUUGAAUUCCGAUUUACUGAUGCUGAUCAAACAGCUAUGUCUCCUGCAUAUGGACGAAAGACGUGUUGGAUUGGUAUUGUUAUGUACCGUCCAUAUUUAUUACUCGCACCUGACACAAUGCGAUAUUAUCAAGCCUUUAGUGAUGCGAUGACAGCAAUGGGUGGUAGACCACAUUGGGCAAAAUAUUAUACUUGGGGUCCAGAACAGUUGAAACGAGCAUAUGGAAAGAACUGGGAGGAUUUUCUGGAGCUACACAAGAGACUUGAUCCGGAUGGUAUUUUUGUGAAUGGUUGGUGGAAAAGUUUAAGUGGUCAAGGGCCCCUGAUCAAUAGCACCACCAGUCAUUUGUAG